AUGGCGUCGCCUAGGACGCUGCUCCUAGCCGCAGCCGUGGCGGCCGUCGUCGGCGCGGCCGCUCUGCUCCCGGCGCCGGCGUCCGCGGCGACGUACAUGGUCGGGGACGACGCCGGCUGGGACAACGGCGUUGUCGACUACGACGCCUGGGCCAGGGGCAAGAAGUUCAAGGUCGGCGACACGCUCGUGUUCCGGUACUCGACGCCCGAGCACGACGUCGUGCAGGUGGACGCGAGGGGCUACGCCGAGUGCGUGGCGCCGGACAACGCGGUGGCGCUGACCUCCGGCGACGACCACGUGGUGCUGGGGCAGGUCGGGCAGUUCUUCUUCAUCUGCGAGGCCGAGGGGGAGUGCAGCUCCGGCAUGAGGCUCGCCGUCAACGUCCACUGA